CGAUCGCUCAAUAUAUUCCAACCCCUCGCCGGACGGGAGCGCCCGAGAGCAGCGCGGCUCCUCCAGAGACGGGGGCACGACGACGAAUCGACCAUUCCUUCCUUUGCGCCCUCGCCCGCGGAGCUGUUCGAUCGCGGUCGCUUGAGCGUCGUUCCGGAGGAGCGCCGGAGGAAGGAAGUCCUCAGCCUACGAGAGGGAUCACAGGACGCGCGCGCGCGGGCUGGCAGUUGGCGUUUUCUGCUCUCGUUCGUCUCUUAAACAGAAAUUCCGCCCUUUUUUUCCUCACCCAUCGAGAACUCACCCUUUCCCUAUUUAUCUCUCUAUCUCGCGCGCGGUUAUCCAUCGGGAAUUCGUCGUCGUAUAAAGCGAGAUGGAGGGCAAGAAGGUCGAGCAGUAUUACAUGCCGCCGCCGAAGCUCGGAAAAUGGGAGGGUUUCCGGGUCUUCGUCUGGAACUCCGAGACGGGACAGUUCCUGGGGCGCACUGGCGCCAGUUGGGCUAAGAUUCUGCUGUUCUACGUAAUUUUCUAUGCCGUCCUAUCCGGCUUUUUCGGCGCGAUGCUGGCUGUGUUCUAUCAAACUCUGGAUCCUAACGCGCCCAAGUGGCAGCUGGACAACUCACUGAUUGGCAGCAACCCGGGUCUCGGUUUUAGGCCUAUGCCUCCUGAAAGCAACGUCGAAAGUACAUUGAUCUGGUACCAGGCCAGCGAUAAGGGUAAUUAUCUUCACUGGACCAAGGAGCUGGACAGAUUUUUGGCAGGAUAUGAAAAAACGGCCAAAAAUCGCGAGCAGAGAGUGAUCUGUGAUUAUAACAGACCAGCACCACCAGGUAAAGUUUGCGACGUAGAUAUGACUGAUUGGGGACAAUGCACGAAGGAAAAGGAGUAUGGCUUCCAAAAACCCGCACCUUGCAUUUUCUUGAAACUGAAUAAGAUUUUCGGAUGGAUGCCGCAAUAUUUUAACGAUACGAAAAAUCUGCCGGAUUUAAUGCCAGCGGAUCUUCAGGAUCAUAUCAAACAAGAAGAAAUGAACAGUGUCCACAGACUGGACACUGUCUGGGUGUCUUGUGCUGGUGAAAACCCAGCCGAUGUGGAGAACAUGGGACCGAUUCAAUAUAUUCCGCGCCGCGGUUUUCCCGGGUAUUUUUUCCCAUUCAGAAAUACCCCGGGAUAUCUGAGCCCCCUUGUAGCUGUGUUCUUCGAAAAGCCCAAGUACGGCGUGCUCAUCAAUAUCGAGUGCAAGGCAUGGGCGCACAAUAUCAUCCACGACAGAUUCGAGAGACGCGGCUCGGUACACUUCGAACUGAUGGUGGACUAAGCCCGGUCACUUCGGCCAAUCGUCAGAUCACCAUCGCCACCAACCGCGUCCAAAAAGUAGGAAGCCGCAAGAGAGUAGAACAGAGAGAAGACGUUUCCUUUUUUUCUUAACCCGCCCUCGUUGGCCGACCGCGAUCACACCCCGUAUACCAUCCGGUUUUCUCUCUGCCGACGAUACCGCCCCGGAUCAGCCUUACUUCUUCUUCAUCCACCAUCAUUUCUUCAUCAGCUCAUCGUUUGUUCAUCAUACUUACAACGAUCGCGACAGCGCUGUCGAUCCGUCAUGUCAGUCGUCAAGAGAGAGAGAGAGAGAGGGAGAGGGAGAGGGAGAGGGAGAGAGAGAGAGAGAGAGGGAAAAGAGCGAGAAAGAGACAAAAAAAAGACAAGAGAGAGGAAAAAAAUUGCAUCCAUGAGAAAAUAAACUCGACUACAUCAAUCGAGGUGCACAAAAAAAAAAAAAAAAAGAAAUUGAAUCGGGAAGAAAGAAAGGGGAAACGAACAAUCCCGCACAAAUGCCGGGCGGUAUCUUGUCUUAUUUCUGCCAGGAUUGUGUCAUCGAGGAGUGAUCUCGACCAUCGACGGCUAAGUCGAUCGUUCGCAAUACUCGAUCCUCACGCGCGCGCGAGAGAGAUUCUCUCCUUUUAGUUGAAAAAAAAAGAAAACUCCCCACCGAGACCGUUUUCGAUUAGAUCUUUUAAACUUUUUCCGUCACAUACCUACGUUCCUUUUCACGAUGACGAGCUUGGCCGAUGACUUCUCACGGCACUGCGAAUGAUCGAUGAUGAUUCUAGUUCUUAGCCAUGUAGCAUGUAUCAUAGAUUAGUGUUUUCUGCCCGUCACGCGCUACUAUACAUCUUGAUAUGUCGAUACGUUAAAAUUCUUGGGCUGUUUAACGAGAGAGGAAUGACACUCGCGGUGAAUUCUAACGGGAGACGGCAGGCACAAAGGGGUACAAGUACAGGCUCAAUUGAACAAAUUGUCAUCGAGAAAUAUAAACAUAGCAUGUGACGUUAUUAAAGAUUAUGAGCAGUGCUGAGAUUUGGUUCCCCCGAAUAAAUUAGUCACAAAUGACACGAGACUGUCAACCGUCAAUGUCUAUCGCAAUGUUGAAUGAGAUUACAAAUUAUGUGCGAAAUCACCAUGUGUGAAAUUUUCCGGUAUUGAUAAUAACUUAGGUAAACUACCUUACGAAAAAUGUAUAAAAAAUUCUUUAAGAAUUUUUUUGUUCCUGUUGAGGUAUCAUCGAAACGCGGUAAAGUACUUCAGUUAGUUUGAAACUAACGCUAGUUUGGCGAGAAAAAUACAUUUUUAUUUUGAUAAAUAAUAUAACCCAGCUGCUUGUUUGACACGUCACGUUUAUAGCGUAGCACAGGUCGCAACAUUGAUCAGAAUUCUAUUUCUAUCAUUGACCGUAAAAGCUGUAAAAUCGUUUGCGAUAUGCGUGUUGCGUUAUGGUUGUGCGUUGUAUGUUAACAAUUGUUACUUGUAUUCCUUUGUUUUGGAUACUUUCAAUUAAGCGUUACAAAAAUAAGAGAGUUAUUAUAUUGAAAUCUUUGCUAUGAAGAGUACGAUGAAAGAGUAUUUACCAAAGAAAUGGAUAUUAAGAGUUUUGAUCGGCGAAAGCGAUCGAUGGUUAUUGUCCCAAUCAAUAAUAUGUUGAAUGUGUAUGAUGAUCUAUGAUUCUAUAUGAUGCAUUUUUCAUCCAAUACUGCAAUCUACGGAGAGACACACACAGAUUUGCAGAAUCUAGCAUCCAUCGAUUUUUAAGAUCGUAAACACUCGGAUCUAUAAACUCUUGGACUGGAAACUCUUUUGAAUUGUUGGAUUAUUAAAAAUGUAUCUUAAAUAAUAUUGUAAAAAUAUGUUAAAUCAUAUUAUGGACGUAUAAUCAAAUCAAUUAAUAAACAAAUUAAUUAAUAAGUUCUAUAUUCAACAAGAAUUUGUGUAAAAUUUUUGCGGCUUUGUAUCGUUUUAAUGAAUGCAUAUAAAUAUGGCAUUUUAAUGAAUUUAUUAAUCUUAAUCCAUCAGUCCAAAAGGAGUUUGUGAAUUAAAAGAAUUUGUACUGCAAAGGAGUUGAGAUGAACUCCUAGAGAUCUUGAUAUUUUGAGAACUUAAGGAUUUUUAUAAUCUCUAUAAAACAUUUUUAUUCUAUUAAAAUAUACGAUUAAAAUUGUGAAAUUUAUAUCAAUAAUUUUAAUAUUUAAAUUCAAUAACUUAAUAUUUAAAUUAUUGAAUUAAAAUAUUUUGUGAAGCUUAGGAGAAUUUAUUAAUUCAAAGAUGAAAUGUGAACGACAUUAUGACGCAAAAAGUCCAAGAAUUUAUCCGAUCCGAGUUCGUCCGUGCGUUAAUAUACAAAGAUGUGUAAAAUAAAAAUACGUUGAGAUGCAUGAAAUAUAGAAACGCGGAUCGUGAUAUAUGGACUUAAAGAAUUUAUGAAUUCAAAGAUUUAUGUGAUAUCAACGAUCUGUAUAUCUAAGACUCUAUAGGCCCGAGAAUCUUCUUAUCUGAGGAUGCACGAGGGCAAGAAUCUAUACACACUCAGGAAUCUAUACAAAUUAACAGCGAGAAAAAAUCAACAAGAAGAGAAAAAAAGGAAGAGCCAUACAGAUCCCAAGAUCUGCGCGCGUCGCGCAUCUAAGAGUCGAAAUUUUAAAAUUUACGAAAAUAUCAAAAAAUUCGAAAUAAUCUGUAAGUCCAAGGAUCUAUUGAUUUCGUGCUGAUUUUGACAUUGAAUUCGCAGUUUUGAAAAAUAUUUUCACGAUCAAUCAUGUGAGAGAUAUGAAUUAUUGCGGCACCAUCAGCUCCGCAUUGACAAGAUACAUCAUGAUAGCGGAAGCUCUGACACGCGUCUAGUAUACUUACUAUGAACAAAGUUCCAAGAAGGAGAACUGCUAUAUAAUUACUGAGGAAGAAUUAAAGAUCUCUAGACUUAAAGGAAGUUUCAAAAGAAGAGCGCACUCGCGCGAUCAGUAAUUACUACAUUUUUAAGAUAGGUUAAUAGUAUGGAAGAUGCAUAUUGAUCGAAUACUAAUAAUGUAAAGAUGUUAUACUAAUGAUACACGUAUAUAUCGAUAGCCAAAGUAUUAAAAUUGUUGACGCAUUAAUAGUAAUACUGAUCGUGUGGUAGCCCUCCGUAAGUACUUAAAUCCAAUUUAAAAGCGAUAUUGAUUAUUGUUGGUACGUACUUAAGUCAAAGGCUCCAUCGAUCUUAAAUCAAACUGUCGAUAAUCAGUCUCGAUUUAUUAUACUGCGCAAGAUUUAUGUUGAAGCUUCGGAAGAGAAUUUUAUCGGUCAUACGAUGCGAUAUGAAAUAUAUGAAACGCAUAUUUAUAUAUAAUAUAAUUACAUUGUAUCAUAUAAUUAUAUAUAAUAUUAUUUCAUCUGAAAGUCGUCAAGUUCCUUCGCCAGGAAGAGGAGUCGGAAUAGCUGUUUUUUUCUGCAUCAACGCGAUAUUACGAUCUGACACACGGAAGGAAGACAGAGAGAUUCUAGAGAGAUAAACGUGAACGGAAUAUUGUGUUGGAUCGUUUGAAUAUAGAUACUCUUUCCCCGAUGGAGCUCGCAACUGAAGAGACGGUGUAUCGAAUUUUGUGUAAUUAAUUCUUUUAUGUAGUCUUAUUAGGUUAAUUACUGUGCGAAUAAUAUGUAUUACAGUAGAUAUAAGUAUCGGUUACGUAAAAAUAUAGAUCUUAAAAUCUGUAAAUCUAUUAAUCCGUAGAUUCACUGGUCAUUAGUUUCUUAGACCUAUGCCUCUACAAAUGUGUAGCAUCGCAGCUUGAAAGGUAAAUAGAUCCAUGGAUCUACAGAGGUUCACAGAGAUCCAUUGAUCCACGAAAAUGCACAAGUUCAUAAAAAAAAAAAAAAAAU